AUGGUUAGAUCAAAGACUGUCGUAACUGAUCUCGUCAAGGGAGAGAAGCUGAAUGGUGACAAUUAUGGGAUUUGGCACCUGAAAAUUCAGCUACUCUUCGAGGAUCAAGAACUAAUUGAGGUUCUGAAGCACGAGAUGCAAGACUCUGGGGAGGGUAACACACCUCAAGCGAGGCGGGAUCAAGAGGCGUACCGUGCAUGGAAGAAAAAGGAUAGCCAAACUAGAGCAAUCCUUCUGAGUAGCAUGCAUGAUGACUUGAUCCCAGUUUAUGAGCAGUUUUCUACUGUGAUCUCGAUCUGGCAGGCUCUUAAAGAGCGCUUGGGCUCCCGGUAA